AUGGGAUCAAUCGCCACUGGUAACGAGCCAUACCGGCCAACGCCGGCAGACAUCACCAUCGACAACCACCAAGCCGAAGAUCCAUCCAAGAUCCUCUUCCAGAACGUCCGCAUCCUGGACUCAACCGGCCAACCCCCCUACAAUGGCAAUGUCCUAAUCAAAAACGAGCGAAUCAUUGCCGUAGGCGAGUCCAUUGACCCAUCAACUGCCCGUGGCGCCCUGAUAAUCGACGGCGAGGGCAGAAAAACACUAAUGUCCGGCCUCAUGGACGCGCACACACAUCUAAGCUGGAACAACGCAACCGACCUCGACGGCCUGACGAGCCUAAAACUUGAAGAGCACGUCCUGCACACAGCACACUCCGCAAAGACUUUCCUCGACUGCGGAUACACCAUGUGUUUCGGGGCCGCUGCCGCACAGCCCCGUCUCGACAUCGCUAUCAAGGGCGCUAUUAAGUCCGGUAUGAUUCCUGGUCCGAGGACGCUCGCGAAUACGCCUGAGAUUACGAGGACGGGGGGCGCAAUUGUGCCGAGCAUCUCGCGGUAUGCGGAUGGGCCGAAGGAGAUGCGUGAGCUGGUGAGGGAGUUUAUUGAGUUGGGGGCGGAUAAUAUUAAGCUUAGUAUGAGUGGGGAUGAUAUUCACCCGACGAUGCCGAGCACGGAGACAUAUUUUUCGCUUGAGGAGACACAGGCUGCUGUAGAUGAGGCGCAUUUGCAUGGUAAGCGAGUAUGCGCGCAUGCAAGAAGUGCAGAUUCCGUUAAGUUUGCUGUUCAGGCUGGUGUCGAUGUUAUCUAUCAUGCUAGUUUCAUUGAUGGUGAGGGGAUGAGUAUGCUGGAGGCCGCGAAGGACCACGUCUGGGUCGCUCCGGCGCUCAAUUUCUUUUACACCACAUGUACAGGCGAAGCUACGCCGUACGGUCUGACGGUCGAAGAGGCCGUGAAGAAGGGUAUCAAGUUCGAGGUAGACACGGCAUGCAAGGCGAUGCAGGAGAUGCGGAGAAGGGGCAUUCGCGUCAUGCCCGGCGGUGAUUAUGGUUUUGCGUGGGCUCCUCACGGAACGUACGCGCGGGAUCUGAAGCAUAUGGUGGAUUUAUAUGGGUACACGCCCAUGGAGAGUAUUAUUGCUGCUACUGCUUGGGGAGGCGAGAUGAUGGGGUAUCCGGAGGAGCUGGGCAAGGUGGCUCCUGGGUUUUAUGCGGAUGUUAUUCUGGUCGAUGGGGAUCCGCUGGUGGAUCUUGAGGUCCUUCAGGAUCAGAAGAAGUUGCAUGCUAUCGUUAUCAAUGGGCAUAUUCACAAGCAUGUU